GCGGGUUGUCUCCUUGGCUUGGGGAACCCUGAGGCUAGUUGAGCUAUGAAGGGCCCUGGAAGCAUCCUCUACUCGGCAGGACGACACAUGGGGUCUCGGACAGAUCCUCCCUGUGCUUCUAAUGGCGGGAUGGAUCUUGAUCCUAGUUCGGUAUGGGAAGAAGGCAUUUAUUCUUACCAGCAAUAGCUUCGCAAGAUGACCCGCGAAUGGACGUGGUCGAGUUCUCCAACAAUCCAUCACUUGGACAAGGGGCGAAUCCUCGUCGUACCUACGUAGCUGGUGUCCCCUUGUGGCUAAUGUUGGGUGUGGCGAGCGCGGUCCUCGAACACGACCAGCGAGCCCCAGAAAAUACGGCGGCAACACCAACUGAAGCCCACGGGGCGGCUUCCGAGGACGUAUCGCCCCGAUGGAUACUAAAUUCAACUUCAUUCACGGAGUACUACGGGGAGGGCUUGUGGAUGUGUUGGGCACCGGCUACCUGCCUCGGCUACAUCAUCUAUGUGACUAUUUUUCUGUUAGAUUCCAGGUCCGGAUCUGGCGACUCUAUCCAACGAAUCGCCGCUAUUUUCCUGUGGCUUGCCCUAGAGCAGGGUGCGAUCAUCCAGUACUAUGUUCUCCUUUGCUCCUACGUUACUACAAGGUGGAGGCGGAUGCAUGCGGCGGCGCUCCAUAUCAUCAUGUGUUGCUGCGCGGCCGUGGCGCCUUUCUGUUCCGUCAUCUCCGUCGUCACCUCACCCACCGCAUCGGUGAGCGCUAUCAAUUUGUUGAGGCCUCAUUUACCAUCGCCGCAACAUUCGGGUUAUUCCUGAUAGCCUCGAUCGCUGCACGGAUUUCGAGGGCAAUACGGAAAGCUACGGGCUCAUGCUUGAGGCCUGCACUACUCGCGUGGUGGCCACUCGUGGUCCUAGAAGCACGACAUGUUAUAUACACCGUCCUGAAGGGUUUGACUCUUAGAAGGGAUCUACGCUAUGCGAUAGGCCUUGGCAUGUACCACGGUGCAUCGUUAACGGAGGAAUGACUGGUAUAGCACCUCUUCGAGCCGCGCCUCCACUGGCCUCAGAGACCUGGAGCUAGGCUGGCGGCAAAGUAAAGUGCGUGUCUCGUGCAUCUCAAAUAGGGUUGCUGUACUACUUACGAAUACCGGCACCGCACGUAGGAUACAAGCAGGAAGCCUUCGGAUAUAGCUAAACAGGCGGAAAU